GAAUUCAACAAUGGAUGAUUCAAACAUUUGUAAUCCAGUGGAUUUACCAGAAGGAAUGUUUAUUAUUAAUCCUGGAAGUGAACUUGUACUCUUAAACAAUGAUAAUGAUGAUACUGCAAACAUAGAUCCAAAUUCUGUCCUUCUUCAUACCAGUGAAUCAAGUAAUUGUGAAAUAGAAGGAAACAACGUUGAACAUGGAGUGAACAAUUCAACAAUGGAAAUAGAUUUUUCUACAACAGAUCCUGAUUGGGCUCCACCUGAAAGUAGUGAUUCAGAUGACAAAUCUACUGAUAAUGGAGAUAAUAUUAAAACCGAGAUCCAAAGAGAAGAAGAAAGACAAGUCGAAAAUGAGAUCGAAGAUCCAGCAGAUGAUGACAUUCCCAUAAAGAAACGAUGCAGAUGGCAAAAGGCAGAUCCUUCAACCUGGGCCCGAAAUAAAACCAAAGACAGAAGGAACCUGGGUGACAGUUACAAAGUUAAAGGGAAAUUGUUUCCAGAAAAAAGACCUGUACAAAUUGAUUGUUCCCAAUGCAUGUAUAAAUGUACAGUAAACUUCACUGAAGAUGACAGGUACAAAGCAACCAGUCUGCCAGACUACCCAGUAUGCAAUCAUAAAGAAGGUGCCUUUCAAUGCAGAAAACUUUCCAUGAGAGACAUCCAACACUUCCAUCAUAGGUUUUAUCAGAAGGCAGACAGGCAAUACCAAAAUGAUUUUCUAUUGAAAUACGUUGAUAUAAGAAACAUAAAAAGGAGAAGACGAUUCCAAAAGAAGAAACAAGAUGAAGUGAAAAGCUACAAGACACAAAUGAGAACUACCAAGUACUAUGUUGCAAAUAUGAAUAGGGAAAAAGUGCCUGUGUGCUUACAGACUUUAUGUGGGAUCCUGGGCAUUUCAAGAUUUCGUAUCAACAACAUCACCAAGCAGUACCAUGAAGAAGGAAUUUUACAGGAAAAAAGAGGUGGAUUCAAGAGAGCUGCUGAAUUUGCUCCUAGAAAAAACUGUUCCUCGGACAGACGUAUGCUCAACUUGAGUUUAACAGAAAAAAUUAAAAAUGAAAAAGACCAGGAAAAGAAAAGCGGUUUAAUGAUCGAAAUGCGAGUAUACAAGCUUAGAGCUAAAGCAUUCUACCAAAAAUUACAGGACACGACUCAAGACUUAUUAAUUUUAUCAUUUGACUGCCAAAAGAAUUUACCUAUUCCGAAGCUACCUGAUCAGUCUACUUUCUACAGUCGCCAAAUUUAUGUGCAGAACUUCACCUUAGUAAAAGGCAAUAGUAAAUCAACUCUAGACCAUAACAGUGUAAGUGCCUACGUUUGGACUGAAAAUCAAUAUGACCGAGAUUCGAACAUGAUUGCAUCUUGUGUUUAUGUCACUCUAAAGAAUACUAACAUGACACCAUACAAAAACGUUCGUUUAAUAUCAGACGGUUGUGGCGGCCAAAAUAAAAAUUCAAUCUUCGUAGGGAUGUGUUCGUUUUGGCUGGCCGAUGAAGCACCUGAACAUAUUGAGGAACUAGAAAUAGUAUACCCAGUGACGGGUCACAGCUUUUUGCCAAGUGAUAGGGUAUUUGGCCUCAUAGAAAAAAAACUGAAGAAAAGAGAAGUAAUAGCAACUCGAGAGGAAAUUAACGAAUUGAUUUCUGAACAUGCUACAGUAAAAAAAGUUGGGGUAGACUGUGAAGUAUCUGAUUUCCGUACAACAGCCAGAAAUAACAUGAAGGGAACAAAACAUUUCCAUUUCAAAAUAUCAAAAUGCAAACAGAUAUGGACUGUGGCGACUGGCGACGAACAAAACUACACUGUUCAGGACUCCUCCCCAAUACCCAGAAUGAUGCUUGUGAAUGGUGAUUGGGAGUCAUACUCUCCAGGCCUUCUCAGAACCCCUCGAGCCAAGGUUCUUGUGGAUGAGGCUUCUCAUUCACCAAUAGCCUCAACAUCGGCUCUUCCGAAACCAACUAUUACACCAGAGGAAGAGAAGGGGGUGAUACAGAGGUCAACGCCCAUUUCAAAAAAUAGAUCAACCAGAUACCUUCACAAUAGAAGAAGGCCUGUUUCAAAAGAGAGCGAAGAUGUAGCUCUAGUUUCAUGUAAAAUUAAAAACCUACAGGCUGCAGAGGAGCAGGCAAGAAAAGAGCACGAAGUAACUAUGGAAUGUCUGCUAAUGCAGAAAGAGCAGGAGAGAGAGAAGCUGGUUCAGAAGCAGGAGAAAACAAAACUGGAACGGGAGAAAACUGAAGAAGAAGUGAUCACUGAACCAACUACCAUUCAAAAUGGCUUCUACCCAGAUUCUGGUUCAGGCAGCUUCGAAUGUAGACAAAUCAAAUGA